AUGGCUCAGCCGGGAGGCAGCCAGGACACGUUGGUGGUUCCCCCAAAGCAGCUACACCACGGAGACCAUGUGGGUUUGAACGAGGACCUGGUGCGCAUCCUGAGAGAGAACUUGCUACAGCAGGAGCGACCUCGUCAUGCCAGGGAGCGGAGAUCGCCGUCCUCGGUGUCCCCCAGGCUCUCACCGACCACCAUGUCCCCGCGCAACUCCCCAAGGCUGCUACGCCGCAUGCUGCUUAAUAACAACACCCACAAGCAGCGGCGCUUCACGGUGGCACAUACCUGCUUUGACGUGGACAAUGGCACGUCUUCAGGACGGAGUCCCUUGGAUCCCAUGACGAGUCCGGGGUCAGGCCUGGUCCUUCAGGCCAAUUUCGUGCACAGUCAGCGGAGGGAGUCUUUCCUCUACCGCUCCGACAGCGAUUAUGACCUGUCGCCAAAGUCCAUGUCACGAAACUCCUCCAUCGCCAGUGACAUGAAUAACCAACUGCAGAGGCCUGGCCUGGUCUCUCGGAGAUCUGAGCCGGUUAUUAGUGGAAACCAUGGCGAUGACCUCAUUGUUACGCCAUUUGCACAGGUGCUGGCUAGUUUGCGGACGGUACGGAAUAACUUUGCAACGUUAACCAACCUCCAACAAGACCGAACAACCAACAAACGGUCGCCCAUGUGUAAUCAGACACCCCUCACAAAGACCUCCUUCACAGAGGAGGCCUACCAGAAGCUCGCCACCGAGACCCUGGAGGAGCUGGACUGGUGUCUGGACCAGCUGGAGACCCUGCAGACCCGACACUCCGUCAGCGAGAUGGCCUCCAAUAAGUUCAAGCGGAUGUUGAACAGGGAGUUAACCCAUCUGUCUGAGAUGAGCAGAUCGGGGAACCAGGUCUCAGAGUACAUCUCCAACACAUUUUUAGACAAACAGCAUGACGUGGAGAUGCCGACCCCACAGACGCGAGAGGAGAAAGACAAGAAGAAGAACCAGCCCAUGUGUCAGAUUAGCGGCGUGAAGAAACUCAUGCACAGCACCAGCCUCACCAACUCCAACAUCCCUCGAUUUGGAGUCAAGACGGACACAGAAGACUCUUUAGCCAAGGAAUUGGAGGACGUUAACAAAUGGGGCCUUAACGUUUUUAAAGUCACAGAGUUUUCAGGCAACAGGCCUUUAACGGUGAUGAUGUACACUAUAUUUCAGGAGAGAGACUUACUCAAAACAUUUAAAAUACCCUUGGACACUUUCAUAACCUACCUGAUGACCUUAGAAGACCAUUAUCACGCAGAUGUUGCUUAUCACAACAACAUCCACGCUGCUGAUGUCACCCAGUCAACACAUGUGCUGCUCUCCACGCCGGCUUUAGAGGCGGUUUUCACAGACCUUGAAAUUCUUGCUGCCAUUUUCGCAAGUGCAGUUCACGACGUCGACCACCCAGGCGUCUCCAACCAGUUCCUCAUUAAUACCAACUCUGAGUUGGCGCUCAUGUACAACGAUUCAUCAGUGCUGGAGAACCAUCAUCUCGCGGUGGGCUUCAAACUCCUGCAGGAGGAGAACUGUGACAUCUUUCAAAACUUGACCAAAAAACAGAGACAAUCCUUGCGCAAGAUGGUCAUAGACAUUGUUUUAGCUACUGACAUGUCCAAACACAUGAACUUACUGGCCGACUUGAAGACGAUGGUCGAGACAAAGAAGGUCACCAGUUCUGGCGUGUUACUCUUGGAUAACUACUCAGACCGAAUACAAGUGCUACAGAACAUGGUUCACUGUGCAGAUCUCAGUAACCCCACAAAACCCCUGCAGCUGUACAAACAGUGGACGGAUCGAAUCAUGGAGGAGUUCUUCAGUCAGGGCGAUCGAGAGCGAGAGAGAGGGAUGGAGAUCAGCCCCAUGUGUGACAAACACAACGCAUCAGUCGAGAAAUCUCAGGUGGGCUUUAUUGACUACAUCGUGCAUCCGCUGUGGGAGACGUGGGCCGAUCUCGUCCACCCCGACGCCCAGGACAUCCUGGACACGUUAGAGGACAACAGAGAGUGGUACCAGAGCACCAUACCCCAGAGCCCCUCGCCCGCUCCAGAUCAGCCCGAGGACAGCAAUCGCUCCAGCGGGGCUGAGAAGUUCCAGUUCGAACUGACCCUGGAGGAGGACGGAGAAUCGGACACGGAAAAAGACAGCGGCAGCCAGGCCGAGGAAGAGGAGGACGAGGAUGAAGAGGAGGACGACAACAGCUGCAGUGAUUCCAAAACUCUGAUCACGCAAGACUCUGAAUCCACAGAGAUCCCGGAGGCCGAGGAGGGAACUUCGGAGGAAGUUUCCACGGAGCCCAGCAUGGUAGAAGAGGACGACGACGAGGAGGACGAAGAGGAACAGCCCGCAGACACGUAGCAGCGCGCCGGGACGGCACAGACUCGAUGCCGUGAUGGCAAAUGUAAUAAUUGAGUUCCAAAGCGCACGUUGCACUCCGAGACCUCGGCCACUCCUCUCUCGCUCUCCGUUUCUCUUUCUGUCUCUCUUACGAGCUGCCUGGAGACGAGAGGACACUAAGACAUCUGUAGGUUGUCGUUUUAUUUGCACUCAGGAAUAAUAUUUAGUCCUUGGUUUUCUUUCAAGCUUGGUUUUGUUUACCUUCGCCCGGACACCCGUUCUCUGUGAGCUACCAUGAGAAAAUCUCUGGCGACGGGUCGCACGUGACCGUACGGAGGGCUGUUACUGUACACGGCCGCUGCACAAAGCAAUCUGCCCGUAGAGACGACCGCAGGCGCGGUCAGCGGAGAUAAACAGCAGCACGUUUCCUUGAAUUUCAAAGAGACCUUUUUUCUACCGUUUUAAGUCUUCCUCAACUUUGACUGAAACAAAUGUAAAAAGACAAAAAAGCAAGCGGCUCACAGCUGUCGUGGCCUCUUCUCAAUGAUUUUGUACGGUAUACGUAAAGAUUUUUACAUGUUACUUUUAAUACCAGAACAACAGCUGUUGUGUUUCAAAGGACUUUAUGUGAAAGGUAACUUGCAUGUAUGCAGCGUGGCGGUCAUCCUGCGUUGUGUCGUGAGUUGGCUGCUGUGUCACAAACCAUCUUUCACAUUUACCAGCUGAAUUUACAUGAUUUUGAUAUUUGUUUAAAUGGUUUUCUUUAUAAAAGACGUACCUCCGAUUACCCUCUAAAUUUAGUUCAAAUGCUUUAUGUAGAAACACAGUGAUUUUGGCAACACUUUAAAGCUUUUAAAGGGGUCAUAUGAUGCGAUAUUAUUCUUUGGCGUGUUAAAAGCUGUUUGUGCAUACAGAAGAUCCGUAAAGUCGCAAAGAUUAAAGUCUCAAACUCAAAGAGAUAUUCGGUCUAAAAGUAUAUUCGGUCAAACACGCCCCACAUAUCUACAUCACUGUGUGGGAAGAUUUGCAUAACACCGCCCACAUGUAUACGCACAUAAAGGCGGCGUAACUUUUAUUCUCGCUGUAGUAGGAUUGUUGUCUCCGCCACCAUGUCGCCGAGAUGCUGUGCUUUGGGAGCUGAUAUUCAAAAUAUGGUAAGCGGCGUAACAUUUCCCUCACAUGCUUGAGGUAUUCAGCCAAUCACAACGCACUGAAUAGCUGGCCAAUCAGAGCACAUCGCGCUUUUCAAAACAAUGAGCGUUGUAAAAAUCCAUGUGUUUCAGUAAGGCAGGAGCAACAAUAAUGUACGGUAUGUGGAAAAUAAUGUGUUAAUCCGCGUAAAUACACAAAAUAAUGUGCUUUUUAGCAACAUCAUAUGACACCUUUUAAGCUUGUGUUAUAUCAUACAUUAUGAAGGUAUUUCUAAUACAGUCAUAAUGUCUUAUAAUGCACCUCACAAUUGUGAAAGCACACACAGUUAUAAUACUUUAUUUUUUGGCCUUUGAAAAUACAUACAAUUCAUUUAAUGUCACAUCGUGUGUUAUAAUGCAUUACACUGCAAAAAAUGAUUUUUAAGAAAAAAUGUUCUUAGUAUUUUAGUCUUGUUUUCAGUAAAAAUAUAAAAAAAAAAUUCUAAAAUUAACCCUGGUUGAUGAGCAAAACGACCCAAGAAAGUCUAGUUUUUAGACCAAAAAUAUCUAAUUUAAGUGAUUUUGUGCAUAAAACAAACAAUUUUUUUCCUUGAAUUUAGUGUUUAAAAAAAUUCAAGGUUUAAUCCACAAAUUAACUUAAAUUUGAUAUUUUUGGUAAAAAACUAGACUUAUUUUCUUGGGUCGUUUUGCUCAUCAAGAAAAAGCAUCUUAAUUUAAGAAUUUUUAGAUAUUUUUACUGAAAACAAGACAAAAAUACGAAUAAUUUUUUUUCUUGAAAAUCAUUUUUUGCAGUGUAUAAAAUAAUUGAAUGCAUUAUAACCACACUGCAAAAAAUGAAAUUUUUUCUUAGUAUUUUUGCCUUGUUUUUAGUACAAAUAUCUAAAUUAAGAUGCAUUUUCUUGAUUAUCAAAAUUAUCUAAGAAAAUAAAUCUAGUUUUCAGACAAAUCAUUUAAGUGAAUUUGUGCUGAAAACAAGCAAAACAAUCUGCCAAUGGGGCAAGAAAAACACAUCAUUAAAAAAACAAAGAUUUUUUUUGCUUGUUUUAAGCACAAAUUCACUUAAAUUUUAUAUUUUAAAUUUGAUAUUUCUAAAAACUACACUGCAAAAAAUGAUUUAAGAAAAUAUUUUCUUAGUAUUUUGUCAUGUUUUCAGUAAAAAAAUCUAAAAAUUCUUAAAUUAAGAUGCUUUUUCUUGAUGAGCAAAACGACCCAAGAAAAGAAGUCUAGUUUUUAGACCAAAAAUAUCAAAUUUAAGUGAUUUUGUGCAUAAAACAAGCAAAAAAAUCUGCCAAUGGGGUUAGCAAAUUUUUCUUGAGUUUUUCUUCAAUUUAGUGUUUAAGAAAAAUUUUUUUUUUUUUUUUUGCUUGUUUAAUCCAAAAAUUCACUUAAAUUUUAAAUUUUUAUUGUCUUAAAACUAGACUUAGUUUCUUAGUUUAUUUUGCUAAUCAAGAAAAUACAUCUUGACUUGAAAAUUUUUAGAUAUUUGUGCUUAAAACAAGACAAAAAUACUAAGAAAGUCAUUUUUGCAGUGUAAGAAAAAAAUCUUGAACUUUUAUUUUCUUAAUCUUGAACUUUUAUUUCUUUGCUCAAAAUGUAAAUGCAUCUUGAUUUAAGAAUUGUUAGAUAUUUGUAUUGAAAACAAAGACAAAAAUACUAAGUAAGAAAGUCAUUUUUUUGCAGUGCACAGAUAUACUAAUAUAUCAUGCAAUGCCUUUCGAAACAGACAUACGUUAGCCGUUUGAUAUAACAUGACUUCAUUUCGAGUCAGAAAUACUCAAUGAUUCAUUGCAUUAGAUCAGAGAUCUUAUAUUAGGGCUAGAUGCAGUUCAGCGUCAAAUAGCAUAUUUUCACGUUUCAUGCCAAAACUUCCCUCUCCGACAUGCACUAUGGGACGCGCAUCUUUUAAUAAGAAAUGAUUUAUGUGGGUAUAUAUGGUUUUAUUUAUUGUUUAUGUUUUGCUUCUGUUUAAAGCAGUACUGUAGACCAUCAACUGUAGCAUAGAGAGUGAGCACUUGCAAGUUACCAGAUCUAGCGUAUGUUUGGUUGUGUACAUAGAUCAAACCUUUUAAAAGUCUGUACUAGAAAAUAUGAUCUGCUCACAGAAACUUGAACUCUGGCUUUUCAGUAGGACUGAUUUUGUUUUAUAUAUAUAUAUAAUAUCUAUAUUUUUAUUUAAGUUUCGUGCCAUGAUAUUUCUUUCCUCACCAGAUGACCUUACUUAUAGGAUUUUGUUGUUGUUUUCUCGCUGUUUACAAUAAUGUAUUUAUUUCGCUGUACAUAUUGUAAUGUUGGCCGUACGAGGACAGAUUCUAAACUUCAUCCCAGAUCCGGAUGGAGUUGCUGUAUUUCGUAAACUCUUGUUGAGAGAGAAUGUUUAUUAUUAUAAAUAUUAUCCGAUGUACAAAGAAAUCAUAUUCUGUAUAAAAAGGAAAAAGAUAAAAAAGUCACCUUGGAGAGAACUGGGGGAAAGCCAAACAAUAUGAGAAAAGUCGCAUUGGUAUUUGGCCCCAGGGCUGUGCCUUAAACUUUAAAAUGUUUGUCUGUCUAUCUGUAUACACGUUAGAGAGUCCGAGAGUGUCUAACCCAUUUGCUUUCAGGGUUUCAGGGCUUAGGACGUUCACAUUCAUUCGUUUAUGGCACAUAUAGUAAACGCCGCUGGCAUUGUAUGCAAUGCAGCGGAUGCAAUAGACCCUGCAGAUCUGCGCAGUUUUAUCUUAUAGGUGCUUAGAUGCUUGUGAUGAUCUUUCUGCUGUUCUUGAUCUUUGUUCAGGUACGUCUCUUACCUUCAUCUCAUCCAGCCUUGUCUUUCACGUUUCCGAUGUGAAAUAAGCAGAUUUUCUGACACAUACUGUAGAUUUUAGCAGCCCUGGACCAAAGCCAAUAGUGGCUAUUAUUAUUAUUAUUACUGAUAUUUUUCAAUGUCAUUUAAGGGAUUCAUGAACUGAUAUUUUAACAUAAGUUCUGCUAAUUAAACCUGAAAUGGACUUCUUUCAUUGGCACCUUUGUCUCUUUUAAGGGUACUGUAGAGAAACAUCUUCAACCGGUUUUAAAAUCCAUCAACUAAAAAGACAAUUUUAUAUGCAACAAGUGAAAUAAAAGCAUGGGUUGAUUCCUCA